AUGCGAUUGAAUGCUUCCGUUGAAGUUUGUAGAUAUUUGUUGGAGAAUGCUUUACCAUUUCGUGGCAAUGAUGAGUCGGAAAAGUCUAUGUACAAAGGGCUUUUCUUGGGGACUUUAAAGUUAAUCGGAAGAACAAAUGGGGAGAUUGAAAAGGUUAUAUUACAAAAUGCCCCGAAGAACAAUCAAUUGACAUCUCCAAAKAUUCAAAAAGAUCUCGUUACUUGCUUUGGAGAAGAGGUGUUGAAAGACGUUAUUGGGGAAAUUGGUGAUGAUGUAUUUGCUUUGUUGGUGGAUGAGUCUAGUGAUGUCUCUAGAAAAGAACAAAUGGCCGUGGUUUUGAGGUUUGUUGACAAAGUCGGAGUUGUUCAAGAAAGAUUUGUUGGCAUUGUUCAUGUCAUGGAUACAUCUGCUAUAAGUCUUAAAUCUGUGUUGGAUGCUUUAUUUGCAAAACAUGGAUUAAGUUUCACAAAGGUAAGAGGACAAGGUUAUGACGGUGCUAGCAACUCUUCUUGCAAACGAAAAGAUAUGCUACGAGAAACUCAYAAAGAGAGAAUUCAAGAAGAAAUUGGAAAUGGGGAGAUUGAGACUGGUAAGGGGUUAAACCAAGAGAUUUCCCUUGUUCGAGCUGGAGAUACACGAYGGAAUUCUCAUCUUAAAACAAUCGUGAGUUUGAUUGCUUUGUUUCCAGAGGUCAUACAGGUGCUUGAAUAUGUCGAAGAUGAUGGAGAUAAUGGAGCUAGUCGGCUUCAAGCAAGAGGUCUUCUAUCAUACUUAAAGACAUUUGAAUUUGUGUUUUAUAUGCACUUGAAUUCAACGAUCUUAGGAUUAACAAAUUCAUUGUCUCAAGCUCUUCAAAGGAAAGAUGAAGACAUAUUGGAAGCUAUUGAUUUGAUAGGAACAACCAAAGGUCAAUUACAAAUGUUGAGGGAAAAUGGGUUUGAUCAAGUUUUGGAGAAAUGCUACUCUUUUUGUGAUAAACAUAAGAUUGUGAAGUUGGAUAUGGCUGAAGCUUAUGUUAAUACAAGAAAUUCAAGGAAAAAGACGAACAUUACCAAUCAACAUUAUUAUAACUAUGAUAUAUUCAACACUGUUUUGGAUAUGCAGAUCCGAGAGUUUGGUGAUCGUUUUGGUGAGAUAAGCACCGACUUGCUUCAAAAUAUGGCGGCUUUGAAUCCACGCAAUUCGUUUUCUCAGUUUAACAAAUCAAGCUUCUUGAAGUUGAGUCAGAUGUAUCCUCGAGAUUUUGAAGACAAGGAAAGGAUCAUUCUUGAGCAUGAACUUGAUAUCUACCAUCAUUCUGUUUAUAAUGAUGUCAGAUUUGCCAACUUAAACGGUAUUGCCGACCUCGCCAGAUUAAUGGUUGCAACAAGAAAGCAUCUUUCUCAUCCUUUAGUCUACCGGUUAUUGAAACUGACACUGGUUUUGCCUGUUGCAACUGCUACGGUUGAAAGAUGCUUUUCGGCGAUGAAGCUUGUCAAGACAGAUUUACGUAAUCGAAUUGGUGAUGAUUUUUUGAAUUCUGCCCUCAUUUGCUCCAUAGAAAAGGAAGCCCUUGGUAACGUUAAAAACGAAGAUGUAAUCGAUCGUUUCCAAAAGAUGAAGACACGCCGAGGACAAAUUUAG